AUGUCCUCUCAGCUAUCCGAUGCGCAAUUCGCGCUCCCAGUAACUGAAACGACAUUCAGUUCAUAUGAUCAGAAACAAGGCAUAGCCUACGCUCAUGCCCGCCCCGAUUAUGACCCUGGUGUAUAUCAGGCAAUUGUCAAUCACCACAAGGCAACAGGAGGUCAAUUCGACACCGUUGUUGAUGUUGGCUGUGGGCCUGGCUCUGCUACACGAGGACUUGCUCCGUACUUUGCCAAUGCCAUUGGACUCGACCCCUCACAAGGCAUGGUUGCAACUGCCCGCAGCUUUGGCGGUGUUUCCUCCGCAUCACGGCCUAUUCGGUUUGAGAUAUCGACAGCAGAAGAUCUUGGUGCACAUUUAACCACACCCAUCAACAAUUCAAGCGUCGAUCUCAUCACAGCGGCGAAUGCUGCCCAUUGGUUUGACAUGCCACAGUUCUGGCUAGCAGCCGCCCGCAUCCUCAAACCUGGUGGCACAGUCGCGCUAUGGACGAGUGGUGAAAUACGCGUUCACCCAUCUAUGCCAAAUGCUGCUGCACUUCAAGCUAUUUUCGACGAGCAUACGGAAACUUAUCUGAAGCCGUUCCAUGUGCCCGGCAAUUACAUGGUGCGCAGCGGGUAUGCGGAACUCGGCUUACCAUGGUCAAUCGCGCAACCAGUUGAAGCAUUUGACAAAGAGAGUUUCGUACGAAAAAAUUGGGCAGCAGGGGAGAAAUUCGUGGUAGGGGAGUCUGAAGUAGAUUUGGACACAUUUGAGAAAAUCGUCGGAAGUGGCAGCCCCACGACGCGAUGGCGCCAAGCCCACCCGGACGCCGUUGGUACCGAGAAUGAUGUCGUGAGGAUUCUUCGGAGACGAAUUGAACGUGUGCUACGAGAAAGUGGUGUGGAAGAAGGGAAAGAAAGAAUGCGGGGGACCAUUAAUGGUGUCAUGUUGUUCAUAAAGAAGAGGGCUUAG